AUGGCUUCUACGCUCUUCGGUUCGGACAUCCUGGAAGAAGCGGUGUUGCGGAAAACGGCUCGCCCUGCUCCACCGCUUGUCGGCUCUCUGGACCCUUUUCGUGGUGGAGAGGUCCAAUUAGAGCUUCGACUCCGGGGCUCCUUUCUCCACGCCGCCAACAAUGACAACGGCGGCUCCACCAAAAUUUCGCCGCCGCCUGCUUCUUGCUUGCUGAGGCUUGAUUUGGUGGAGCCGGGCUGCUCCACCGAGGUCACCCGUCACCGUCGGCCGGCACGCAAAAUCAGGGUCCUGCCUGCACAACUCGAAGCACAGCACAACGCUCGAAGGCUUGCAGGCCCACAAGGUCGGGCUCGACACGGUGCUCCACCAUGCCGUGGGCCUCCGCGCAGGCGUCGAAGCCGCCCAACCUACGAAAACCUCUCUCGCUGUGUCGCACUUGAGACGGCAUGCUUCAGCCUCAAUGCAGCGGCAGAACAAGUUAUAAAACAAGUACCUCUAGCUUUGGUCGAGGAGAGCGAAUCUACAUCCAUCAUUCUUUGCCUUCGUACUAAGCUGCUACCUUUCAGCCGCAACCUAAUCACGAGAAACAUCAUGGCUCCCACUGCUACCGCUACGGCCAACGUCGUUGUUCCCGAGGCCAAGCCCGUAUUCCAAGCGGCCAACCCCAAGAGUCUGGCUGACAAUGUCAUGAAGCCCACCAAGACCACCUACGGCGACUGGCGCGACGACUUCUUCCGCGAUGGCUAUGUGGUGCUUCCUGGCGUGCUCUCGAGCGACAAGGCCGAGCACUACCGAAGCAAGCUGCUCGAUUGGAUCACUGGCUUCAACCUCGGCCUCGACCUGAACGACGAGUCGACAUGGACGCAGGAGCACCUGCCUCAGAGCUUCAAGUCCAUGUUCCUCAACUACUGCGCUCCUCACGAGCGUUUCAUGUGGGAGGCUCGAUGCGAGCCUACUGUGAUCGAGCCCUUCGCCAAGCUUUACGGCACGGACGAGCUGCUUGUCAGCUUUGACUCGUUCAACAUCGGCCUGCCGCGCCGCAAGGACCUCACCUUCAAGCCAUGGCCGCACUGCGACCAGAGCGCGGACCGACGGGGCCUGGCUUGCGUGCAGGGCAUCUUGAACCUGUACAACUCGGGACCUCAGGACGGCGGACUGAUCGUGAUGAAGGGAUCGGCGCCGCUGUUUGAGGAGUUCUUCGAGCAGCUGCCCAAGGAGAAGCGCUUCUUCUCGCCGCACGUGCACAGCGACUUUUACGCGUUCAACGAAGAGCAGGUCAAGUGGUUCGAGGAGCGCGGGUGCACGCAGUACAAGGUCGAGGCCAAGCCUGGCGACCUGAUCCUGUGGGACUCGAGGACGAUGCACCACGCCGCCUUCCCGAUGGGCAACGAGAUCCGCACCGUCAUCUACACGUGCUUUGCGCCCGCGUCGCAGAUCUCGCCCGAGGACCUCGCCAAGAAGCAGGAGCUCUUCAAGCGGUGGGAGGGCACCACGCACUGGCCGCACUGCAACAUGUUCGGCCAGGGUAAGGCCAAGAAGGAUGGCAAGCGCGAGUCGGAAGAGAUUUGCCCUCACGAGCGAGACGAGCCGAUCGAGAAGCCGAUCAUCACCGAGCAGAUCAAGAAGCUUGCCGGUCUGGUUCCGUACUGA